UUCAAAACCCUGCAAUUUUGCUUUCACCACUCUCAUUGUCUUCAAAAAAACAACAGCAUCAGUUUCUCCUUUAGCCCAUUUUUACGAAACGAGAAGCCAUGUACAGAUCGGAGAAAACGGUGUACAAGCAGGGGAGAGAUAACCCAUCUUUCUCUUCUACUCUGCUUGACAAAAUCUACCGUUCCAUCGAUGACGGUGACUCCACAAAAGACGACUUCAAAUUCUACAGGGAUACAAUGCAAAACAAGCAGCACAGAGGUAGCAUUAAAUGCAACAAAAGUAGAGGAUACGGUGGAGAGGAAGAAGAUGAAGAGAUGUCGAGUCUCCGGCAUGCAUGUUUGAUCGAGAAAUGGAUGGAAAACAAGGCUAAUGAAAAGAAACAUGUUUUCUCUGAUUUCGUAAGGAAAUCACGUCACGAAUAUGAUCGUGAUGAUCAUGGCCAUGAUGGGGUUUUCUUUAGCUCCACUUCCACUUCCACCUCGUCUGAAUCCGGUUCCGGUCGUUUCUCUUCGUCCGACACCGAAUCUAUGCAUGUUACGAAACCCAAAUCAUCGUGUUUUGUAACAUCGAGGUUGAAACCUGUUAGGACCAGCGAAUCCAUUCGGUCGGAGAAACCAGUCAAAACAGAGAAAAAAACAGAACAGAGGAAGUCAAAUAUGCUCGACGAUUAUCAUUAUAGUUCAGCCCCUGACUAUAAACCAAAGCUCCGCGAAAGUCUUUUCAGUUCAAAAUCAAGAGCCACCAAAAUUUACAGCGAUUUAAAGAAUGUGAAACAUCCCAUUUCACCAGGCGGCCGGCUCGCGAAUUUCAUCAAUUCCCUGUUCACAACAAGAGCGAGGGGCACUCCAUCUUCGAUCGUGAGCUGUGAUGAUGAAAGGAAACUGAAACCCAAACAGGUUUCAACUUGUUCGUCAGCUUCCUCGUUUUCAAGAUCAUGUUUAAGCAAGAACUCGCCUUCCACAAGAGAAAGGCUGCGUAACGGAGUCAAAAGAAAUGUCAGGUUUUGCCCGGUGAGUAUAAUAGUUGAUGAAGACUGCAGACCAUGUGGCCAAAAAUGCUUAUACGAAGAAGAAGACUCGUCGAGUUCAGUGCCGGUUGCCGUUUGGAAAAUCCGGAAAUCUCCGUCGAGAAAGGUCGAAGAGGAAAUAAAGUUCCAAGUAUCGGAAAAGGCUAGGCGAGUGGAAGAAAUGGCAGCAAAGUUUUUGAAAGAAUAUCAUCUAAACCAAAGGAAGGAGUAUUUUUCAAGGGGGAGUCGCAGUAAUUAUAUAAAAGAGGAGAUGGAUGAAGAUGAAGAUGAUGCAGCGAGCUAUUCGAGUUCUGAUUUAUUCGACCUAGAUCAUCUUGUUCUUAUCGGUAACAAAAAGUAUAGGGAAGAGCUUCCGGUGUAUGAAACUACUCAUGUAGAAACAAAUCGAGCCAUUGCUAAUGGCUUGACAGCGUAGUUAAUUUUCACCUUUUUUGUA